GAAUCACACUAUUUUAUUCACUAAAUAUUUUAAAUUUUAAAUUUUUUUUGCACUGGUAAUGUUUUUCUUAUUAUUUUUAGUUCAAAUCUCAAACUAAAAAUCAUGGAACCCCCUUUUUUGGUCUACAUUGUCAUCACACUCACUCCACCCACUAGUUCAAAAAAUCAUCACUUCAACACUCUCUCUCUCUCUCUCUCUCUCUCUCUCUCUCUUUGAGUGUUGCAAGUGAAAGUGUUUUCAUUCCCACCAUUCAACUUCAAAACCCUCAUUUGAUUGAGACUCUUCAAAAUGGAAAUCACCAUUGUAGCUUGUGCUUUCUUACUGAUUUUCACAACAUUUUUCAACCCUUCUUCUCUUGCUCUCACCCAAGAUGGUCAAACGUUGUUGGAGAUCAAAAACACUUUGAAUGACACUAAGAAUGUUCUUAGCAACUGGCAAGAGUUUGAUGAGUCUCAUUGUGCAUGGACUGGAAUCUCAUGUCAUCCUGGUGAUGAACAAAGAGUUCGCUCAAUAAAUCUACCAUAUAUGCAGCUUGGGGGAAUAAUAUCUCCCAGCAUUGGUAAACUGAGUAGACUUCAGAGAUUGGCGCUUCAUCAGAAUGGCUUGCAUGGAAUCAUUCCUACUGAGAUUACCAAUUGUACUGAGCUUAGAGCCCUGUACUUGAGGGCUAAUUUUUUCCAAGGAGGGUUACCAGCUGGCAUCGGAAACCUUUCAUUUUUAAAUAUAUUGGAUGUAUCAAGCAAUGGAUUAAAAGGAUCUAUUCCUUCCUCUAUUGGUCGUCUCUCACAUUUGCAAGUUUUGAACCUGUCUACCAAUUUCUUUUCUGGUGAAAUCCCUGACAUUGGAGUACUAAGCACCUUCCAGAAGAACUCGUUCUUUGGCAAUUCAGAUCUUUGUGGAAGGCAACUAGAAAAGCCAUGUCGAACAUCACUUGGUUUCCCUGUGGUGAUACCACAUGCCGAAAGUGACGAAGCUGCAGUCCCUCCUACUACCAAAAGAUCUUCACAUUACAUGAAGGCUGUGCUAAUUGGGGCAGUGGCAACUUUGGGUCUCGCACUUAUCAUAACCCUUUCAUUACUCUGGAUUCGUUCGACAUCAAAGAAGGAAAGAGCUGCUAAGAAAUACAUAGAAGUCAAGAAGCAAGUUGAUCCAUCAGCUAGCGCUAAACUUAUUACGUUCCAUGGUGAUAUGCCAUACACAUCAUCUGAAAUCAUAGAAAAGCUGGAGUCUCUAGAUGAAGAGGAUAUAGUAGGGUCAGGAGGAUUCGGUACUGUUUACCGAAUGGUGAUGAAUGAUAUUGGUACAUUUGCUGUUAAGCGAAUUGACCGAAGCCGGGAAGGGUCUGAUCAAGUGUUUGAAAGGGAACUAGAGAUCUUGGGCAGCAUCAAGCACAUAAAUUUAGUAAACCUACGUGGUUACUGCAGGCUACCUUCUUCAAGGCUACUUAUCUAUGAUUAUGUGGCCUUAGGCAGCUUAGAUGAUCUCUUGCAUGAAAAUACCGAACGACAACCCUUGAAUUGGAAUGAUCGGCUAAAGAUAACCCUUGGUUCUGCCCGGGGUUUGGCAUACUUGCACCAUGAAUGUUCCCCGAAAAUUGUGCAUCGUGACAUAAAGUCUAGCAACAUCCUUCUUAAUGAAAACAUGGAGCCUCACAUCUCUGAUUUUGGUCUUGCAAAGCUCUUGGUUGAUGAAGAUGCACAUGUUACCACGGUGGUUGCUGGCACAUUUGGCUAUUUGGCACCAGAGUAUCUACAAAGUGGGAGAGCCACUGAGAAGUCAGAUGUAUACAGCUUUGGAGUUUUAUUACUCGAACUUGUAACUGGAAAGAGGCCUACGGAUCCUUCCUUUGUCAAGAGAGGCUUAAAUGUUGUUGGUUGGAUGAACACAUUAUUGAAAGAAAACAGAUUGGAAGACGUGGUUGACAGAAGAUGCAGUGGUGUCGAUGCUGAAACUCUUGAAGUAAUUUUGGAGCUAGCAGCAAGAUGUACUGAUUCAAAUGCAGAUGACCGUCCAUCGAUGAAUCAAGUAUUGCAGUUGCUGGAACAAGAGGUCAUGUCUCCUUGUCCAAGUGAAUUUUACGAGUCCCAUUCAGAUCACUGAUAAUGGCUAAUGAUGCAUACUUUCUUCCCAUUUGCGGCUUGGGUUUGUAGAAAAGUUUUGUACCAAAUGUUGUAACAACCAUUUGUAAAUAGAUUUGUAAUUUAUCUCCUUGUCCAAAACAAAACCAAAAGGACAACUUGGAGAUGGCAGUGGUUUUUGGUAUUUGGAAUGAUGUUUUUCCGUUCUCGGCUUCUUGCUACAGAAGGAAAUGUCAUCGUUUUUUGUUCUUGCACUCAUGAGCAUUGGGAGACUAAUCAAGUUGUUAGUUAAAUUCGGUCUAUCUAUGGACAAUUUUGCAA